AUGGGGAACUCGUCGACCACUGGAACAGCACUGGCGCUGGUGUGGGGUCUGUGCUGCUGCCUGUCUGGUGCUUUUGCGACAACAGAUUUUAAUGUCGCUCUGGGGAAGACGGCGUUCCAGACUAGCACCCUUAACGGGAUGCAUGGACCUGGGGUUGCCAGCCUUGCUGUAGACGGGAUCACCAAUAUCUACAUGAACUACGGCACUGCCACCUGUACACACACACAGGAGGAGACUGAUCCUAGCUGGUGGGUGGAUCUCGGCCGAUCGUAUAUGAUUGACAGAGUGGUCAUCUUCAACCGCAUGGAUUGUUGUUCGGAACGACUCAACCCCUUCAACAUCCACAUCGGGGAUUCCGACCAGGUCAGCGAGAACCCCAGGUGUGGAGGUGAUCAUCAGAUCCUCGUGACGAAGCCGACCGUUUCCAUCCAGUGUCGGUGGAUGGCAGGAAGAUAUGUGGGGUUUCGUCUGACCGGCCCCUCCCGAAUCCUGACACUGUGCGAAGUUCAGGUUAUUACAGAACCCUGCCAGGUGGGGGAUGGGGCAUCCUACCGAGGAACCGUCUCUGUGACCAGGACAGGCAAGACGUGUCAACGCUGGGACAGGCUGUUUCCACAUGUACACAGCAAGCUGUUUGAACACCCGUCAUCCGAACUGGAGGAGAACUACUGCCGGAAUCCGGAUGGUGAACCGGGAGUCUGGUGCUUCACCGAGGAUCCGUCAGUGCGAUUCGAGCUGUGCGAAGUGCCAGUCUGUGCCCUUUCUGUCUGUGACAAUGGCGCCCUGUUCCACCCGUUUGGUCGAUGUGACGGCAGAGAUGACUGUGGAGACAACAGUGAUGAGAAGAACUGUGACUGUUCCUACCUACACGACAAAGGGGCAAGCUACAGGGGCCGUGGAAACCAACAACACUUUUGUCAGUACUGGACAUCUCAGUACCCCCACGCCCAUAACCACACUCCCGAGGCCUACCCGUCAGCAGGGCUGGAGCGGAAAUACUGCCGGAACCCAGACGGGAAGGACAGGCCGUGGUGCUACACCAACAACGCAACAAUCAGGUGGAUGUACUGCGACGAUGUCUUCGCCUGUGACGAGUUACCAACAAGUUGCUUCUUCACUAACGACAAGGGAAGGACCUACACAGGGCACAUAAAUAGGGCAGGAGAUCGGCUGUGUCAGAGAUGGGACUCCCAGUCCCCCCACAGCCAUCCCCACACACCACAUGCUCAUCCUGAUGCGGGGCUGGAGGAAAACUUCUGCCGUAACCCUGACAACAAGGACCGGCCCUGGUGCUACACCACGGACGGGACGGAGACGUGGGGCUACUGCGACGUGACGGAAUGUCCCGAGAGGUGUGCAGCUUAA